AUGAGGAGUGACCAGGGUUCACAGAAGAGGGAACAGAGUGACAUAACAGGGUUACAUAAACUCUCAGGCCACCAAAGAGGACAAAUACGUGUGUGGAGCCUGGAAGCCAGCGAGUGCCGCUGUGUAGGAAAGAAGCCGGAGCCCUUUCCAGAGUCCGCCGAGGACGCAGAGGCUCGGAGGACCUAUCGACGACCAUGCUCCCAGGUGCACGCGCCCUGCCAGCUGCUGCUGCUGCUGCUGCCACUGCUGCGCGUUUCUGCAGCCACACCAGAGCCCUGCGAGUUGGACGAUGACAAUUUCCGCUGCGUCUGUAACUUCACGGAUCCUCAGCCCGACUGGUCCAGUGCCUUCCAGUGCAUGACCGCCGUCGAGGUGGAGAUCCGUGGCGGCGGCCGCAGCCUGGAACAGUUUCUAAAGGGCGCCAACGCCGACCCGAAGCAGUAUGCUGACCUUGUCAAGACCCUGCGCUUGCGGCGGCUCACAGUGGGCGCCGCACAGGUUCCUACCCUGCUUCUGGUCGCCUUCCUGCGUGUGCUCGGGUACUCCCGCCUCAAGGAACUGACGCUCGAGGACCUGGAGGUAACCGGCACGCCGCCGCCGCAGCCUUUAGAAGCCAUUGGGCCUGCGCUCUCCACCCUCAGUCUCCGUAACGUGUCGUGGACGACAGGAGGUUCCUGGCUCGUCGAACUGCAGCAGUGGCUCAAGCCGGGUCUCGAGGUACUGAACAUUGCGCAAGCACACUCACUGGCCUUUUCCUGCGCACAGCUGCGCACCUUCCCGGCCCUCAAAACUCUAGACCUGUCUGACAAUCCUGAACUGGGCGAGCGCGGGCUGAUUGCGGCUCUCUGUCCGCACAAGUUCCCGGUCCUCCGGGAUCUAGCGCUACGCAACGCGGGGAUGCAGACGCCCAAUGGCGUGUGCACGGCGAUGGCGGCGGCGGGUGUGCAACCCCACAGCCUAGACCUCAGCCACAACUCGCUGCGCGCCGCCGCCCCGGGCUCUCCCGCGUGUGAGUGGCCCAGCGCACUGAGCUCUCUCAACUUGUCGUUCGCUGGGCUGGAGCAGGUGCCUAAAGGACUGCCGGCCAAGCUUAGCGUGCUUGAUCUCAGCUGCAACAGGCUAAACAGGGGGCCGCGAGCAGACGAGCUGGCGGGGGUGACUAACCUGAUACUGGACGGGAAUCCCUUUCUAGACCCUGGACCCUCCAAACAACAAGAUGUUCAUCAAGAAGACUCGAUGACCUCCGGCGUGGUCGCAGCCUGUGCGCGUUCAGCCCUGACUGUGGGGAUGUCAGGAACUCUGGCGCUGCUUCGAGGGGCGGGGGGCUUCGCCUAAGGCCCAGGGGAGAAGAAUGAAUUGGCUCAGAUUGCCCUGGCUCUGGGGAGCCUCGUCAGGUCGUCUUAACCAACCAACCCUCUGCCCCAUCUUCAUUAAAAUCUUAAACAAC